AUGCCUCUCACCGGACACUGUCUCUGUGGUGCUGUCACCUACAAGGCCGAGGUUGACCAGCCUCUCAUCACUGCCUACGACCACUGCGACGACUGCCAGCGCCAGAGCGGUUCCACCUACUCUCUCGUCGCUGUCGUCCCCAAGGACUCCCUGACAAUCAACGGCCCCACCAAGAGCUACGCGAAGAACGGUUCCUCCGGCAAGGCCGUCCACCGCAUCUUCUGCUCCGAAUGCGGUUCGCCCAUCGCUCACGACCCCGAAGCCGCUCCUCCGAUCAUCGCUCUGAAGGCUGGUACUUUGGACAUUGAGAUCAAGAAGACCCUCAAGCCCGACACCGAGAUCUGGACCGUCAGCAAGCUUCCCUUCUGCCAGGAGCACCUCGAGAAGCCCUUCGAGCACAUGCCUAACUGA